UUUAUGAGACUUGUCAUCUAUUUUUUUACGGUAUUCUGAGGUUAGAAAGAAAGAAAGAAAGAAGAUGGAGAUUCCUGUGAUAGAUUUGAGCCAACUCGAGGGCGAGAACAGAAGCAAAACUAUGGCUCUUCUGCACCAAGCUUGUGAGAAAUGGGGCUUCUUUCAGGUUGAGAACCAUGGACUCGAGAAGAAGCUGAUGGACAAGGUAAAGCAAUUGGUGAAUGCACACUACGAGGAAAACUUGAAAGAAAGCUUUUACGAGUCAGAGAUAGCUAAAGGCUUGAUGAAUAAAGGUGAUGUCGACUGGGAAAGCAGUUUCUUUAUUUGGCAUCGCCCAACAUCCAACAUCAAUGAAAUCCACAACCUCUCGGAGAAUCUUCGCCAAAUAAUGGAUGAGUACAUCGCCCAACUGAUUCAGUUAGCAGAGAAGCUUUCUCAACUCAUGUCUGAGAAUCUUGGACUGGACAAGGAUUACAUAAAGGAAUCGUUUUCAGGAGCUAAAGGUCCUUCUGUGGGAACAAAGGUGGCAAAAUACCCUGAAUGUCCUCGGCCAGAGCUUGUGAGAGGACUUCGAGAGCACACCGACGCCGGCGGAAUCAUACUCUUGCUCCAAGAUGAACAUGUCCCAGGUCUUGAAUUCUCAAACGAUGGAGGAUGGAUAAAGAUCCCCCCAUCCAAGAACAAUACUAUAUUUGUCAACACAGGUGAUCAAGUGGAAGUGUUGAGUAAUGGAAGGUACAAAAGUACUCUGCACCGUGUCAUGGCUGGCAAGGAUGGGAGCAGACUCUCCAUUGCCACAUUCUACAACCCAGCUGGUGAUGCCAUUAUCUCCCCAGCUCCCAAACUCUCAUACCCCCAUAAUUAUACAUUUCAAGAUUACUUGAAGCUUUAUGCCACCACAAAGUUCUCAGAUAAGGGUCCCAGAUUUGAAGCCAUGAAGAAAAUAGCCAAUGGACACAGCAGUCAUGGUGUCUGAAACUGCCUCGUGUAAUUCCCAGUACUGGUGUUUAUUUGUCAGUUUGAACCACUUGUUUUCUUGAUACAAGGAGAUGCUCGUUUAUCUUGUCUAGUUAGCAGGAGCACCAUUGGAUCCGGAAAAAUUAUCCACUUUACAAUUCACUGUUCAUUUUCUCAAACAUAGCAAACACGAGACCUAAAUUUAUCACA